GCCAGAUUGCUCUAUGUUUGUUGCAGGAUCUGGAUUCCGAAAACAGGAAUGGCUACUUUGAAACAAUUAUUGUUAUAUUCCAUAAAUGAAGGGACACUUAAAAGUCACAUGAUGACUUCGGACUGUUAAUAUUAAUAGGAGCCGGCUUUAAAUGCUGCCAGUCGACCACUGCGGGUGAACAUGGAUAUUCUUGGAAAUUCAGUGUUCUCGGAAGAUGUUUGCUCUUGGAUAUUACAACAGAAGCAAAUGGAGCAGCUUUAACACCAUAUUUUAAACGUUUUUGGAUUUUUGUUAUUUUAAAGCAAUAUAUUUUAGACACGCGCUUAGCUUUUUGAACAGUCUUGUUGUUUGAAAAAAGGAUUAAUUGUAUCUUACUUUGAAAAAAGCUUGUCAUCCGCCGUGCUGUUAGUUUUAGUUUUGAGUCUCAGGUAGGCUAUCGUUGUAUCGAUUUUAGCAAGAUAGGCGACUUUCAGACAUGGCGGUGUGAACAUUGUAGGAGCCUGUUUGUAUAUUUUAGGUGCGCCCAUUGCAACCAUGAGUUUAUAACGUUAAAAAGGCAGUUUUAAAGUGAUUUUAAUUGAGACAUAGAGGCUAGCGAAUUCCACUGAAGAUGAGGUCUUCGUUAGCUCCAGGCAUUAAAGUCAUUACCUCCUUCUCAAGAGACAGCUGGUACAGAGGCUUCAUUCUGUUCCUUACAUUCCUGUUCUACACGAGUUAUCAUCUGUCUCGAAAACCUAUCAGUGUGGUCAAGAGUCAACUGCACAGAAACUGUUCCAAUGUCAUUCGGCCUGCUGACUUGAAUAUCACCAACAAUGACACCUGGUGUGACUGGGCUCCGUUUGACCAGGACAAUUAUCAAACACUUUUUGGAGCAGUCGACAACUCCUUCCUGGUCGCCUAUGCCAUUGGCAUGUUUUUCAGUGGCAUCUUUGGAGAGCGGUUGCCGCUGCGCUACUACCUUAGUACCGGGAUGAUCCUCAGUGGGAUCUUCACGUCGCUCUUCGGCCUGGGCUACUACUGGAACAUCCACUCCAUCUGGUACUACGCCUUUGUCCAGGCUAUGAAUGGUUUGGUGCAGACAACAGGCUGGCCUGCAGUGGUAGCUUGCGUUGGAAACUGGUUCGGAAAGGGGAAGCGAGGGUUCAUCAUGGGCGUCUGGAACUCCCACACGUCUGUGGGGAACAUCUUGGGGUCGCUGAUUGCUGGUGUGUUUGUGUCGUCCGCCUGGGGCUUGUCCUUCAUUGUGCCUGGUAUCAUUAUUGGCGCCACAGGAGUGUUAUGCUUCUUCUUCCUGGUUGAACACCCCGAGGACGUCAACUGUACACCGCCACAGCAUCAUCAGGAGAGUGCAGAACAGGAGCCUCUGUUGCGGAACGCGUCCAGUAACGAGGAGAUCUUCAGCAGUCCUCCGCCCGGCACGGCGCCCAGUGUGGUGGAGCGCUCGGAGGACACCGAGGCCAUCAGCUUCUGCGGGGCCCUGAGAAUCCCUGGUGUUGUUGAAUUCUCCCUGUGUCUCCUGUUUGCCAAGCUGGUCAGCUACACCUUCCUCUAUUGGCUACCUCUAUAUAUCGCAAAUGUCGCUCAGUUUGACCCCAAAGCAGCAGGAGACAUGUCGACCUUAUUUGAUGUUGGAGGAAUUAUAGGGGGGAUCAUGGCAGGGGUGGUGUCCGACUACACCGGAGGAAGAGCCUCCACCUGCUGUGUUAUGCUGAUCUUUGCUGCCCCAAUGCUCUUUCUUUACAACCAUGUCGGCCAGAACGGUGUGCCAACCACCAUCGGCAUGUUGCUUGUGUGUGGAGCGCUGGUCAAUGGCCCUUACGCCCUGAUCACUACGGCUGUGUCAGCUGACCUGGGAACCCACGAGUGUCUGAGAGGAAACUCCAGAGCUUUAUCGACAGUAACGGCUAUUAUUGACGGAACGGGAUCCAUAGGUGCUGCCCUUGGCCCUCUAUUGGCCGGCGUCAUCUCACCUACGGGCUGGAACAACGUUUUCUACAUGCUCAUCACCUCCGACUGCCUGGCCUGUUUGCUGCUCUCGCGACUGGUGUAUAAGGAGAUAAGGGGGUGGUGUGGAUAUCACACAAGGAUGAGAGGGUUUAAAGAAAUCUGAGGCAGUAAGCAAGCAACAGAGGCCUUCACUUCAGCACAGGACUUCCUAUCACCAGCAGAACAGAUGAAGGGACCACAUUUUGAAACCACAAACACCAGCAGGCCGUUCGUGAAUACCAAAUACCUCAUACAGCUCUCUUGCAACUCUCACUUACUCAUUCCCACAUUCGGGCCCUUGAGCUAAACUGUGGAGAUUGACUCUGGCAGGGGUUUGAGGGGAUGUUAUGCAACCACGGUGCUUCAUAUCUGUAACACUGCAGGUCCUUGUUAGCAAUAUGUUAAGAGACUUACAUACUUCAAAUUGGUGUUGGAACAAAUUCAUUUGGUAAAAUCAGGUCAGGGAGGGUUUAAAAGAGUCGUCAGUAUACUGAAAGACUUAAAGAAAGGGGGACAAAAGGGUUUUUUUAUUAAUGUUUUUAUUAAUGAGUGUUUUUACAAACUAAUUUAUCUCUCUUGAUGUGCCUCCCUCUCUACCUGAUUCAAAUCCAGCCUGUACUUUUAUCAUUAAAAUGGCCUUUUUGUGCGAUUCCUUAAA